AUGAGGGACUGCUGCCCCUCCCAGCAAAAGGCCAUCCCUACACACCCAAGGCACACCCCUGCCCAAAGCCCAAGCAUGGACUCUAGACACAGCAGCCUCAGUGGGGCUGGGGAAGGGGCGUCUUGCUCUGCGGACCCUGGCAGGAGUUUGGCCUACCCCUCCAAGACCCACAUCCCUUCCCAAGAGGCAGCUGCCAAGGAGACAUUAGGGACACAAGGAGCCUUGAUCUCAGGAACACCAGAAACCACCUCCUCUGGGAGGCCAGAGCCUGUGUCCUCAGUGAAAACUGAUCCUUCACCCUCAGAGAACAGAAAUCCAAUGUUCUUAGAGAAUAUGGAUUCCAAGUCUUCAAAACAGCUAGAUUCCAUUUCCAUAGGAAAGGAAGAUGCUGGGUCCUUGAGGAUGGCAGAUCCUAUGUUUACAGGAAAGACAGAGCCUGCAAUCAUAGGGGAAGUGGAUUCUGUGGCUUCUGGAAGUAAGGAUCCCGUGACCCUAGGAAAAGAGGAUCCUGGAUCCUUGGGAAAGGUAGAUCCUCAGUGCUCCAGCGAGAUGGAUACAGUAUCCCUAAGGAAGGAGGAGCCUGGAUCCUUGGGCAAAGUGGAUCCUGUGUUCCCAAGAAAGGAGGAGCCCAGGUAUUCAGGAAAAGACCUUCGAGUGUCCUCAGAAGAGGUGGGGUCUGCAUUUACAGAAAAGACAGAUCUUGUAGCCUUGGGAAAGAGAGAUCUCGAGUUCUCAGCAAACGCGGAUCCUGUGUCCUUGGAAACGCUGACUCCAGGGUCACCAGGCAAAAUCAUGCCUGGAACAGUGGCUCUGGGGCCAUCAGGAAGGGCAGAUCCUACUCACUUGGGGAUGACAGAUCCUGCAUCUAUGGUAAAUGCAGAAAUUAUGUCCUCCACAAAAGAGGACCCUCAGUUCCUAGGAAUGAUGGACCCUGCCUCCUCAGAAAAGCAAGGCUCCAUGUCUGUGGGAAUGACAAAAACCAUGUCUGCUGGACAGGUGGAGCCCACGUCUUUGAAAAAUAUGGACCCCGUGUCUGCAGGCGAAGUGGGUUCGGUUUCUUUGGCAAAAGUGGAUCCUGUGUCCUCAGGAAAGCCAGAGCCCUUGUCUCCCAUGCAGGCAGAACUGAUGUCAGUGGGAAAGACAGAAACCACAUCCUCAAGAAAGGAGGACCCAGUGUCCUCCAGAAAGGGGGAUCCCAUUUCUGUGGGAAAUACAAAAACAUCACCUCCUGGAAAAGUGAAUCCUGAAUCAUCAGGAGAGAUAGACUCUGUGUACUCUGGUCCCAUGGGUCCUCCUUCCUCUGAAAAAGCUGAGGCAGUGACUAGGGGGAAAGCAGACCCAUUGUCCUUGGAAAAGUCAGGUCCCCUGGCCCCUGGAAAGGUGGGUCCCCCAGCCUUGGGGAAGGUUGAACCCCCCAUCUCGGGGAAAGUGAACCCUGUGAGCAAGGGAAAGCCGGAAGCUGUCCUCCCCGGAGACAUGGACUCCGAGUCCUUAGGAAAGGUAGCCCCCACGAGCCUAGGAAAAACAGUCCGGGCAUCCUCGGGAAAGGCAGAAGCUGUCCCAGAGGGAACGGUGGAUGCUCUGCCCCUCGAGAAGGGCAAUCCUAUGAACUCCACGAAGGUGGAUCCCAGGGCCUCCGGGAAAGCAGAAUCCAAGUCCGAGGGCAAAGCGGAAACCACACCCUGUGGGCAAGAGGGCACCGCCUCACCAGGGAAAGCAGAGGCUAAAUCUUCGCCGACCGAGAAGCCACUGGCCCCGGAGAAGCCGGAUCCUGGACCCUCAGAAUCAGCAGGCUCUAUUGCCUCUGGGAAGGUGGCGCCUGUAGCCCUGGACAAGACUGACUCUGUGCCUCCGAGAAAGGGGGAGCUCCCAUCCUCGGGGAAGGGGGACAGCCUGACUCUGGAGAAGGCCUCCAGGCAGGCAGAUGGCAAACCCUGUGACUCCGCUCCUUCUCCCGCAGACGGCGGGGGCCGCGUGGAGCCAGCGUCACUGCCCAGCUCCGAGGCCUCCAGCCUCGUCCGUAAGGACCCUGCGGCUGCUAGGGCUGAGAGGAGCCCCGGCCUGGAGGCGGUCGCGCCGCCGCCGCCCGGGCCGCGGACUCGCGACAACUUCACCAAGGCGCCGUCGUGGGAGGCGAACGCCCCGCCGCCACGCGAGGACGCGGGCACGCAGGCGGGCUCGCAGGCCUGCGUGUCGGUGGCCGUGAGCCCCAUGUCUCCGCAGGACGGCGCGGGCGGCCCGGCCUUCAGCUUCCAAGGGGCGCCGCGCGCGCCCAGCCCCGCGCCCGGGCCGCCCUCUCGCCGGGACGCGGGCCUGCAGGUGUCGCUGGGCGCCGCCGAGACGCGCUCCGUGGCCACCGGGCCCAUGACGCCGCAGGCCGCCGCGCCGCCCGCCUUCCCCGAAGUGCGAGUGCGGCCGGGCUCCGCGCUGGCGGCCGCCUCGGCGCCCCCCGACGCGGUCGAGCCGGUGCGCGACGUGAGCUGGGACGAAAAGGGCAUGACGUGGGAGGUGUACGGCGCCGCUAUGGAAGUGGAGGUGCUGGGCAUGGCCAUCCAGAAGCAUCUGGAGCGACAGAUCGAGGAGCACGGUCGCCAGGGGGCGCCCGCGCCGCCACCUCCCGCUGCGCGCCCGGGUCCGGGCCGCGCGGGCUCCGUCCGCACCGCGCCCUCGGAGGGAGCCGCCAAGCGCCCGCCGGGCCUCUUCCGCGCGCUGCUGCAGAGUGUGCGGCGCCCGCGAUGCUGCUCGCGAGCCGGGCCCACGGCCGAGUGA